ACUUUGUGCUCGAGCGCUACCUGGAUUCGCUAACGAAUUAUGCGUCACCGGAAUACAGUUUUGAGCCUGGCCAUUCUUCUCCGUCACCUGCUGAAACCAUAACGGAAGAGCCACACGCGGAUGGUGACGCACCAACUACUCCGGACAGUGGUGAAUGCAGUGACACUCCACCCUUCGAUGCCUCUAACGGCGACACCAUACGGACAAUCACUGGCAUGGUGCGGCAAAGGAGGCGUCGGCAUCUUGUGGCCGAAAUCCCAGCAUUCGUACAUCGAAUGGCCGAAGGAUUGCCGCGAAAUGCUUCACCAUCCCUCCAAACCCUCAAAGGGGUGGUUAUCUUUCGUCAAAAUCUCAUUGUACUUUUCACCUGGAAUCGGUAGAAUGAAGCCGAGAAACCGAGCUAGACUGAUUGGUGUUGUGGUUCCUGGGUCCGGGAGCCACUAUAUUGUGUGGUCUCUAAACCCAAAGAGUCGUCGAAUUUCUGUUCGCACUGCUCAGAGAGAUCCCAAUCGGCAAAUGUUGCCUAUGGAUGGGCUGCCGGUACAUGUCGGCUGGGUCGGCACUCACCAAAUAGAUUUGCAAGUGUGGGAUUGUUACCCACCUACACAACUCUCCUUUCGCCUAGUUAAGGGUAAGGUGUCAGAGAUGACCUUGGAAGUUACAACCAACAUCAAUCGGGACCUCGGGCGUCGUGUCUCUGCGCUAAACUACAACUCACCUACAUGCACUACCUACCUAGGUGAUAAGUGUCUAUCCCUUCUGGGGGAGGAUGGCGAAGCCGUUACCCUAUACGAUGCACACGGAGUGGAAAGACGAACAAUUCCUCUCAGCUACCAUGGCCCUAGACGCAGAAUCAUGUCCUGUGCGGUUUCCUCCCUGGAUCACCGUCUAGUGGCAACAAAUAGUUACAGGACGGAGGUGAUCAUACAGCGACCAGACCGCACUCACGAAACCCUUCAUCAAGACGGGCGUUGGGACAGAAGACUACUCGCCUUCGUCUCCGCCCGUGAUGACGCCCCCCUCAACCAGAGUCUUUUCGUCGUUGCAGGAGAAGAGAAUGUCAUGAUCUUUGAUCACAUGGUUCAGCGGUUGAUUGGCUCGUUUUCUUUCAUAGCUGGCUCUCUAGGCCGGGCAAUUCAAGUAUGCGUCAUUAACAGCAGAUCAUUCCCUGGCUGUUUCUUGGCUUGCGGGUAUACGUCAGGAGUUUUCAUCUUGAAGAUAGUUUGGAGCAGUUCAUGGUCUGGUUCCGAGCUUGAGAGUAUAGAGCUGGUCAGUCCCGGAUGGACAAAGUUGGAAGUGGGCAUGACUAGGCACGCUGGAGUCAGUAAGUAGGCAGUCUCGACGCUGUGGUAGUACACAUGGCUUGGGCAGCGACACCAAGACAGUUGAGGAUGCAGCUGUGGCGGCCGGGGGCGAAGGUGUGUACCUUGUACGGGUGGACGCUCAAUUCCAUGGGGUGUGUCAAAUUCCCGAGGCAGUACUAUACCAGACGUGAAGCAUCGCCCACGGAGAUUACCUAGCCGAGUACAACCUGGGUCAUCUUGGAGACUGGAAUUGCUGCAACCAGCUUACCCGCUCCAGUUUGAAAUGCUACAUGUAGAUACAUCAACAGCUGACAUAUCCUAGGUCUCACUCAAGGCAACCUAUCUAAGCUAGGUACACAAUUGCAUUGGAAUGCAACGC